AUGGUCAACAUCUCCAGCCUCUUCUAUUUCGCAGCAGCCCUGCCGGGGCUUGUGCUGGGUUACGCACUUCCCGAGGCAUGCAGCGGCACCUGCACCAACUCGCACGACCCGGCCAUCAUCCGGCGCGCCGACGGCACCUACUUCCGCUUCUCCACCGGCGGCAGGAUCGCCAUCCACACGGCGCCGGCGCUGACAGGUCCCUGGACGUAUCGUGGUGCUGUCCUGCCGAGCGGAUCGUCCAUUGCCUUGGCGGGGAAUCAGGAUCUUUGGGCCCCCGACAUCGCCUACAUAAACGGGAUCUACUACCUGUACUACUCCGUCUCAACCUUCGGCUCGCAAGACUCCGCCAUCGGACUCGCCCGCUCGUCCAGCAUGGACGCAGGCACCUGGACCGACGUCGGCUCAGUUGGCGUCCGCUCGAGCCCGGGCAAGCCCUACAACGCCAUCGACGGCAACCUCAUCAGCUUCAACGGCAACUACUACCUCACCUUUGGCAGCUUCUGGAACGGCAUCCACCAGGUCCAGAUGAAAUCCACCCCGACCGGAGUCCAGUCAGGCAGCUCGGCCGUGCAGGUGGCGUUUGACCCCGCGGACACGGCCAUGGAGGGCCCGACUGUUUUCAAGCACGGGUCGUAUUAUUACUUGUUUUUCUCCAAGGGGACUUGCUGUGGGUAUGACAAGAGCCGGCCGGCGGCUGGCAAGGAGUAUAGGAUCAUGGUGUGCAGGUCGACGUCGGCGACGGGAGGGUUUGUGGAUAAGAAUGGCAAGUCGUGCACGUCGGGGGGUGGGACCGUGGUUCUGCCUUCGCAUAACUGGGUUUAUGGUCCUGGUGGACAGGGGGUGUACCAGGAUCCGACUUAUGGGCCGGUCUUGUACUACCACUACGUCGACACGCGGGUUGGCUUUGCUGAUGGCCAGAAGCGCUUUGGCUGGAAUAAGCUGAACUUUUCGAGCGGCUGGCCUGUUGUUUGA